AUGGAGUACGAAUAUGAAUUUGUUCUAGUCUUGUCAGAUUAUUCCAAGGAAUCAGGCAUUUUUGUUGCUCGGUUGGUGAAGUUAAAAGGUUUUGUAUGCCUGUUUAAGCCAACCAAAUCCAGUGGCAUGAUUUCCUUUUCCUUUCGGAUACCAUCGUUAAGAUUCUCUCACAGGGUUCCUUCAUUUACAACGACAGGUAAUGAACGAGAAGACGUUCCUGAAGGUUAUUUUGAACUUGAUCCGUGUUCCCUUCCUAGUAACCUUGAGAAAGUGCCUGAGUUCAUUGAUAUGGAAGCUGAAACUGUUCCUGCUAACAUUGUUAAUUUUUUAUCGAAGGAGAAGAAUCAUAUGCGGAAGCAAAGAAAAAAUCCUGCUGCAGAGAGUACCUUAGAUGGGAGUUCCCCAGGUGGAAAUAAGUCUUCUAGGAUGUCAAACGGAUGCGAUAAGAACUUAAAUGAAGAAAAGCGGGGGGCUACCAGUGUUUCAGUCAGCGAGAAAAAUGUUGCUGCACACGCUAAAGAAAUGACUCCAGAUGGUGUGAUUACCGUACCUGGUAGUGCGAAGAAUUUUGAAAUGCCUGACACAGAAUUCCAAAACUUUGAUGAGGAGCGAUCCUGUGAAAAGUUUAAGACUGGCCAGAUAUGGGCUCUGUACAGUAAGUUGGAUAAGUUGCUCAAAACUUAUGCUCGGAUAGAGAGUGUCGAGUCAUUUCCUGUUUUUAAACUUGCUGUAAAGUGGCUUAAAUCUUGCAAUCCACCAAGAGGCAUUAUUCCAUGGGUUGACAAGGAAAUGCCGGUAAGCUGUGGAACAUUUGAGGUCACAUCUGGUGAAGCUGUUGUCUUUAACGAAUCAACUUCUUUCUCUCAUCAGUUAAGUGAGGUACCAGCUGCCGAUAACCUGUACAUGAUCCAUCCAAGGGCAGGGGAAGUGUGGGCAGUGUACAGUAGAUUUCGCUCAGACUUGUCGUGCUCGGAAUUGAAGAAAUGCGAGUACGACAUUGUUGAAAUUUUGGAGGUGGUUGAUGUUCAUUGGAUAGUUGUGUCGAUUUUGGAAAGAGUUGCUGGUUUUAAGACGGUAUUCAAAGCCAAAGAAAAAGAGGGACUUGAUUCCACUGCGGCUAUUCCUUGGAUUGAAUUGUAUAGGUUCUCUCAUCAAGUUCCUAGUUUCAUGUUGUCAGGAGCAAGGUAUGGCAAGUUGCGUGGCUGCUUGGAGCUCGAUCCUAAAGCAUUGUCAGUUUAUUGA